GCGCGGUGUGGCUCUCGCCAUACCUCGGCCCGGCCCAUAGUGGGAAUAUACAUCGGCCCAUGAAAAAAGUCCGGUUUACCUCCCUGACCCUAGCAGCCGCAACUUCGUCAGUUCCUCCUAGUCGUCCCCGCUGCGCACCGAGGCACCGCGCGCCCGACGCCCUCGCCCAGAUCCCGGCUCCCUGCAGCGGCGCCCUCGCCCUCCGCCCCUCCGGCCCCGACGCGCCUGGGCACCUCGCUGCCUCCCCGGCUCCCUGUUGCAGGCUGCAGUGGCGUGCCGGUGCCCACGCCCUCCGGCCUUCAUCCCGGCUCGGCGCCUCCCCGUGUCCGCGUCGUGCCUGGGUGUCUCGCCGCCUCCCCGGCUCCCUGCAGCGGCGCGGGCGCAGCCGGCAGCCCACUCUCCGGCUCCCCGCAGCGCCGCUGCGGCAUCCGCAGAAACUAGGGAAGGGAAGGUAGCCGCCGGCUCAAGCUCCAUGGAGCAACAACCAAGCUCUAGCAGAAAAGGGAAAAGAAAGGCACAAGGAAGAGAUCUAAAGAGCUAUUUUAGUCCAUUCGGAUCCAGUAGCACAAACCCAAGCACUCAUCUGUUGCAGAAGAAGGAUCAAAAUAUUGUUGAGGCCAUGUCUUUGGUUAUUGACGUGAAAACACGUUUGAACAAUUUGAGAAGCGAAGGUUAUGAGCCACUACUUGAAGAAGUCAAAACAUUUUGCCAAGAAAAUGAUAUCCCAAUACUAAAUAUGGAAGAUAGUGUACCAAGAUUUGGUAGAUCAAGGAAAGGAGGGAGAAACAACAUCACUCAAGAUCAUUACUUUUGUGUUGAUACUUUCUUUGCUACCAUAGAUGCUAUCACAACAGAGUUUGAUCAUCGAUUCAGUGAGGUAUCAUCGGAAUUACUUACUUGCUUUGCUUGCCUUGAUCCUAGAGAUUCAUUCUCUAACUUUGAUGUGAAUAAACUUGCUCGCCUCACGGAUAUAUAUUUGGAUGAUUUUUCUUUUAAUGACCGGAAAAGAAUAAGAGACCAAUUAGAAACCUUCAUUAUUCAUGUUAGAAGAGUUGAGGCAUUCAGAGCUUGUUAUGACCUUGCAAUCCUAGCAGUGAAAAUGGUUGAACUUAAGAGGCAUGAAAUAUUUCCCUUGGUUUAUCGCCUAAUUGAGCUGGCAUUGCUGCUACCAGUAGCAACUACAUCAGUUGAAAGAGCCUUUUCAACCAUGAAGAUUAUUAAAACUGAGUUGCAGAACAAGAUGUCCGAUGGUUGGCUUAAUGACUUGAUGGUGGUGUAUAUUGAGCGAGAGAUAUUUAAAGGAAUUGAUCUUGAAUCUAUCAAGAAGGCUUUUCCGAAGAAAAAAGAUAGAAAUAUGCAAUUGCCAAAGUCUCCUAGACGCAACUAAUAAUAAAUAUACCGUUUCUUUGGUCCAAUUGUUGAUUUGAUGCGUACUUUACGUGUUUUUCUUCAUUUGAGCGUCCUCCGCCACUGCCUCGUCCUGGGCCAGUUCGCGUACAUCGUGUGGAGCCCGCGGUGCAGGGAGACUUGGGCCGGGUUCACCUGGGCCGCCUUCGCCGACCUGCCGGGGUUCGCCGGCCUUUCCAUCGCGUCGGCGGUGAUGUUGGCGCUCGAGGUCUGGUACUUCCAGGUGCUCAUCCUCCUCGCCGGCAUGCUGCCGGACCCGCAGGUCGCGCUCGACGCGCUCACUGUCUGCACUUCGAUCCAGGCAUGGGUGUUCAUGGUCUCUGUGGGCUUCAAUGCAGCUGCCAGUGUGAGGGUAGGGAAUGAGCUCGGCGCCGGCAACCCCAGGUCUGCCGCGUUCUCUGCAUGGAUGGUCACCGCUGUGUCGGCCUUCGUAUCAGCAAUAGCUGGUCUCGUCACUUUCCUGCUGAGGGACAAGCUCAGCUACAUCUUCACCACCGGCGAGGUCGUCUGGCGCGCCGUUGCCGACCUGUGCCCCUUGCUCGUUGGGACCAUCCUGCUCUGCGGGAUCCAGCCCGUGUUGUCAGGUGUGGCCGUUGGUUGUGGGUGGCAAGCGAUGGUAGCGUACAUCAACAUUGGAUGCUGCUACUUCAUCGGCAUACCCCUCGGUGUGCUUCUUGGAUUCAAGUUUGACUUUGGAAUCAAGGGAUUGUGGGGAGGCGUGAUAGGGGGCACCGUGAUCCAAACACUUAUUCUGAUCUGGAUCACGUUGAGAACCGACUGGAACAAGGAGGUUGAGGAAGCGAGGAAAAGAUUAGACAAGUGGGACGACACAAGGCAUCCUCUUCUCGCAAACAAGGAGUGAUUGUCAGAUGUGGUCUGUGGAUGAAGAACCCAUAUGCUCAAGUAGUCAAGUUGAUGCAAAAUAUUUCGGUUGACAUCGGCUUGUGCCACUGCUAUGGUCGACCACGCUGUCCAGACUCCAGAGAUGAACUGAUGAAUAGCCUUUUCUCCGAGAACAUGUUCUAAUUAGUAGUUCAGUCAGGAGAUCAUGCUAAACUUCAGAAUUACAAACUGUUAUCCUCACACACUGCUUUCAUUGAAACGCAGCCUUGGCAUGUGUGCUACGAUUUA